GUAAGGGUAACACCAUCUGUGCAAAAGAUUGCAUGAUAUUUCCUGAUGCUGAAAACGCUGUUCAGAGGUGACCUCACAGUGACCGAGCUGCCCCAGCCGAAGCUACCCACAUCUUUGCGUAGCUCACGCGGAUCUGGGGAGAAGCCGGGCAAUUCCGCCUGUUCCCGAGAACUACACCAGAAGGCAGUGCCUAAAAAGCUGCGCCAACUUCUUCCACGCGGCGCAGAGCACAGCUACAAGAAGAAUGUGGAAGCCCGCAAACACCACGUCUUGGAAGUGGGCGGCAGCAGCCUGCAGAUAAUCAUCGAGGCAGAGGAAGGGGACCCGAGCGACAGCCAGCGCGCAGCGCUCGCCUCCCCGCACCGCUUCUCCCCACCUCCGAGAGGGGCCGGGAAGCAGCAGGCGGCCGAAGGCUAUGGGGGCACCGCGGCCGAAGGCUAUGGGGGCACCGCGGCCGAGGUCAUCACCAGAAAGAUUUUUCUUACAGUAUCUGCAACUUUGAAUACCAGUAUGUUCACUGAACAGCAAAGGGAGAAAAUUACCAUGAUAUGUCCGAAUUUAAGAAGAGAAAGAAGUCCUGGUAUUGAUGGCUCGGAGACACUGACAGGAGACUAUGCAGAUAUUGAAAAAGUGUACCACUACUUUAAGGAUCUCAUUGCAGGCAAUGACCAAUGCCAUGGUCUUUCACAUUCUGAAAGUAAGAGUGAUUUGGGAGGUGAGAAUGGUCUGAAUACUGAAGAAAUGCUUCAGGUUCCAUCAGCUCUCUAUGAAUACUACAGUCAUGCCUGCAAAGAACAAAUUAAAGAGCUAUAUGAAUGUUUUGGAGUGGAUAUAAAAAGUAAAGAUGGUGACGGUGGAAACACAUCAGUAUGCUUCACUUCCGAUACAAGCCCCACAUCAAUAGAGACAGCUAAAGAGCAUUUUAUCAGGACUUUUCGGAAAAGUAUAGAAGAUCUGAAACAGGAAAAAAUUUCCUUAACAAACAGUAACUGGCUAAAUGAGACAAUAAUGGAAUUAAAUGCUAGGUUUAGUAAUCUUCUUGCCAAACAGGAAGGGAAUGAAUUGCUACUCCGUGGUCCGGAAAGUGAGAUUUUGGCUGCCAAAAAAUUUCUAGCAGAGGAAAGUAAGAAUAGCCAAGCUGAAAAGAAUGUGAAUAUAUCAUCUGAACUUUAUAAAUACAGGAAUGGAAUUGAAGUUGAUGCUUCUGAGUUUAAAGUGUUGGAAGCAAUAUUAAGUAAAGAAAUUGAAGACAUUAAACACAAUUUUGAUACUGUGGUGGAAAAGAGUUCACAUGGGCAGAAGAUGGUCAUCAUAUUUAAGCCUAGGAUCAAAAUUUUUGAUAUGUCUUCACACGCCACUGAAAGUUUCAUCAAUGCAUAUCAGAAAGCCUCAGCAAUGCUAAGAGAAAAAGUCAUCAGCUGGAAGCUUUCAGAAGAUCAUAAAAGAAGAUUAAAUAUGCUUGUUGAUGGAAAACAAUUGGAAAAUAUGCAUAUAAAACUUGAGAAGAAGGAAGACAAACUUGUUUUAAGUGGUUUACCAAACCAUCUUUGUGCUGUUGAAAAGCACAUGAGCCUUCUUGAUGCUGAAGACUCUGCACAAGCUAAAAAUAGAACAGCACUGGCUUCUGAUCUCAGCCCUCAAGAAGCUUCAAGAGUGUCUGAGAUGAAAUACAGUAGUAGGCAAAAGAAUAAUUUUUCUUCCAAAGAACAGGCUAAGCCAAAGACAGAGGAUGAAGAACAGGAAAAAGAUAUGUGUCCCAUUUGCAGGGAUAGCUUUAAAGAUAAAGAAGUACUGACAAAGUGCAAACAUGCAUUUUGCAGAAGUUGCAUCCAAGAGGCAAUGACUUACAAGAAAGCCUGUCCCGUUUGUAAUACCUGCUACGGACUUAUGCAAGGAGAUCAACCAGAAGGAAAAAUGUCAUUUAAAGUGAUUCGAGCAGAACUCCCUGGUUAUCCCAGAUGUAAUACUAUUGAGAUUACAUAUAUUAUGAAUGGUGGUAUUCAAACUAACAACCAUCCAAACCCAGGGAAACAUUAUCUUGGAACCUCUCGAAAAGCAUAUUUACCUGACAAUAAGGAAGGACAAGAAAUUCUGCAUCUCCUUAGAAAAGCCUUUGACCAAAAAUUGAUUUUCACAGUGGGGCAGUCACGUACUACCGGUGCACAAGGUGUUAUCACAUGGAAUGACAUUCAUCAUAAAACACAAACGCAUGGAGGACCUACAAAUUUUGGUUACCCUGAUCCUACUUAUCUGCAGCGGGUUCGAUCAGAACUGAAAGCAAGAGGAAUUGAAUAAAGAAUCCUAUCAACUAUCUGCCUUCAAGUGUAAUAACUGAACAUACAGCAAUUAAUCUAGUACUUAAGGACUGAGAAGAAAGAAGUUACUUUGUUCAGCUGCCAUACUUCCUUUGUAAAACUGCCAUAAGUAUUUGUAUUUCACAGUCAGCUAAAGAAAUCUGUUUUGAUCACAAGAUACAUGUCCUUUUUACAAACCUUUCACUAAGUUGAAUCAUGCUUUCUUAUAUGAGUAACUUAGAGAAUUUGGGUCUUCUGAGUGCAGCAUCAGUAUUUGUUGAUGUUCUUUUAUUAUUUCACGAUUGUUCAGCAUUGAUUCACUAAUUGAUAGAAUUUAAGGAAACUGAAACUUUACAAAUAUGCAUUGAAUUCGGCAAAAACUUUGGCUGCAAAUGCAGAAAAAGAUACUUGGAAAACUUAAGACAUGCUUCAUCUUUUUCCAGUGAAAAUGCUUCAGAAGGUGCAAAACAAUUUCUAGAUUAGAUUACUCAUUUUUAAUUGUAAUUGCCAUUUUAAAAUUACCCAUUUUUUUUAGGAAAGAGGUUAAACUUGCUUAAUCUGAAACUAAAUAUCUCUGGUUGACAUAAAAUCAAAUAUCAAACUAUAUAUCUUUUUCUCAUUUUAGCUGUGGGUCUGAGGUUCACCGUUUAUUGUUGGCUUUUCUUUAAUCAAACACUUACUUCAGCUUUUACAGCUGUCAUCAUGGAUAGGAUCAUAUAACCAUCUGCUGGAAGAUGUUUAUGUAGCUGGUAUAGUAUCAGUUGUAUCAUGCUAAGAACUUUUGCUUCUUUCCAUUUUUGGCGAGAAAAUGCCAUUAGUGGUUUGGGUUUUAAAUGUGAAAUUAGCAUGGAUAAUGUUAUAUGAUAGGGUAUGGAGAUGCUGCUGGAUUUUUAACUCUGUGCAGAAAUGUUGAAUGCUCAAAGCCUCAUUGGAGCAAAUGGAAAGUAUCAGUGCCUAUGACCAGCUCUGUUAAUGGGGCCCUGGUUCUGAACCUUUCGUUGUGUUUAAGCUUAAAUGUAACUUUUAAGUCAACUUUGCAUGUAACAACACUAUAUUUUUCCUAUUGCUUUCAAUAUACUGUUUAAAUUUUAAUAUAAAAAUACUUGCUGCUACUCCA